GUCGCACCAGCACCACCAGCAGCACCAGCAGCAGCAGCAGUGAGCAAACUAAAAUUCUGUUUCUAUUGUUUCUUGCCCCCGGCUGCUGUGGUUGUGCGUUGGACAGUGCCUGGUGGCCCCCACAGAACACUAACGCUGUGUGCGUGUGUGUGCGGCGUCGUGCUGUGCUGUGCUGUUUUGUGCCAGAGAGAAGGGGUUUGACAAAAGUGCAGCAACAAACCCCGGGUACGUCCGAGCAGUGGUUUAGCAAAGUGUGUGAGAAUCGAUGCCUCAAUGCCGAAAAAGAACUCCCCGCGGAAUGCAGCAGCAGCAGCAGCAGUAAUAUCAACGCCACCUUCGAUCGGAUAGGAAGAUUGAGGUGUGCGAAAAGAAAAUAAAUCGUUUGUGUGCGUGUGUCUGUGUGUUGGUGUGAGCGCGUGUCUCUAGCGUGGGACGGCAUGGUGGUACGGCAACCGUAAUCGAAAAUUGCACGGAACAUCAUUUCCCACCCAUCAUUAUCGUACCCAUCAUCAUCAUCAUCAUCAUCAUCAUCUGCACCUCGUUCGGAGUCACCCACGCGCCAUCAUUGGCGCACGUGCUGCUGCUGCUCCUGUGCCGCCACCGUGAGCUCGGAAAAAGCAUGAGCGGAAAUCGCUGAUUUGUGGCGUAUGUAUGUGUGUGGAAAACAUCACUCGCUAAAGUCAUUCCCUUUCGGAAGGCAUCAAAACACACGGGUCGGCAGUGUUUGUAAUUGAGUUUAGUGAAGCAGGCAAAUCGGUGGUGUCUGUGUGUGUGUGUGUGUUGUGUGUGUGUGUGUGUAGCAAAUUUGUGUGGCCUGCGUUUUCCUACCGUGGAGGUGUUAAGCUCGAUGCUGCUUUUCAAGCGCACAAUCCGCAGCGGCAACAGCAUCGAUAUCAUCACACAUCGUAACGCCGGUUCAAGAUAAAAACCAUCCCCAUCGGUGGUCGACGGUGUUCCAGCGUUCCGACUUACGGGUUACGGGCGGUUACCGGCCACAAGCCGAAGAGAUCAAUCUCUGACCAGCAGCAGCUGCUGCUGACCAGCCUCAGACCCGCGCAGACGAAGGCAACAUGACGAAGAAGUUCGAGUUCAACUGGCAGAUCCCGGUGCCGGAACCGCUCCUUACCGGAUGCGUGUUCGACCGGUGGACGGAGGAGAAGGACAACAACGAGCUGGAACCGAACUGCAUGUUCAAGGUGGACGAGUACGGGUUUUUCAUCUACUGGAAAAGCGAAGGACGGGAAGGUGACGUUAUUGAAUUAUGUCAAGUCAGCGAUAUCCGAGCGGGCGGAAUGCCAAAGGACAUGAAGCUGUACAAUCAACUGUGCAACAAGCACGGCGAAAAUGUGGAGGAAAAAUCUCUCACCAUCUGCUCGGGCACGGACUACAUCAACAUCAACUAUCAGCAUGUCGUCUGUCCGGACGCUGCAACGGCGAAGAUCUGGGUGGAUGGUUUGCGUAAAAUCACCCACAACGGCAAGGCCAACAACUUCUGCCCAAUGACCGCCCUCAAGAAGCAUUGGAUGAGGUUGGGCUUUCUAGUGGAUCCGCGCGGAAAAGUGCCUGUCAAGGUGGUUGCCCGAACGUUCGCCUCCGGCAAGACGGAAAAGCUGGUAUAUCAGAUACUCUCCGAUCUGGGGCUGCCGAGCGGCAAGAACGAUGUGAUCGAGAAAGCGGACUUUACGUUCGAAAAGUUCUACGAGCUGUACCACAAGAUCUGUCCCCGCAAUGACAUCGAAGAGCUGUUCCGGUCGAUCACGCAAGGUAAAGCGAACGCCAUCAAUCUGGAUCAGUUCAUCAACUUUCUCAACGAGAAGCAGCGCGAUCCCCGGCUAAACGAGAUCCUCUACCCGCUGUACGAUGAGAAGCGUGCGCUGGAAAUCAUCACCACGUACGAGCAGAACGAUGAAGCGCGGGAAGCGAAAACCCUCACCAAAGACGGCCUGAUCCGGUACCUCAUGUCGGACGAGAAUGCGCCCGUGUUUCUCGACCGGCUCGACAUCUACAUGGACAUGGAUCAGCCGCUGUCCCACUACUACAUCAACUCGUCCCACAACACGUACCUGUCCGGGCGGCAGUUCGGGGGCAAGAGCUCGGUCGAGAUGUACCGCCAGACGCUGCUGGCCGGGUGCCGGUGCGUCGAGCUGGACUGCUGGGACGGCAAGGGCGAGGACGAGGAGCCGAUCAUCACGCACGGCAUGGCGAUGUGCACGGACAUACUGUUCAAGGAUGUGAUUUACGCGCUGCGCGACACCGCCUUCGUCACCUCCGACUAUCCGGUGAUACUGUCGUUCGAGAACCACUGCUGCAAAUCGCAACAGUACAAGCUGGCGAAGUACUGUGACGAAAUUUUGGGCGACCUGCUGCUGAAGGAACCGAUCCCGGACUAUCCGCUCGAGCCGGGCGCCGUGCUGCCGCCCCCGUCCCUGCUGAAGCGCAAGAUACUGAUCAAGAACAAGCGGCUCAAGCCGGAGGUGGAGAAGAAGGAGCUGGAGCUGUUCCUGCAGGGCGAGUUCGUGAUCGAGGACGAGGUGAAGGAGGACGCGAGCGCGGUCGACGUGACGAAGAUAGCGGAGCUGGAGGCGCCGGCGGCGGCGGCGGCAGUGGUGCCGGUGGCGGCGGCCGCCGCCUCGCAGGACGGUGGCGAGGAGGCGCCCCCGAUACAGUACACCGGCUCGACGACGAACGUGCACCCGUGGCUGUCGUCGAUGGUGAACUACGCGCAGCCGGUCAAGUUCCAGUCGUUCGACUACGCGGACAAGAAGAACGUGCACCACAACAUGUCGUCGUUCGCGGAGACGACCGGCAUGAACCUGCUCAAGUCGCAGGCGAUCGAGUUCGUCAACUACAACAAGCGGCAGAUGUCGCGCAUCUACCCGAAGGGUACGCGGGCCGACUCGUCCAACUACAUGCCGCAGGUGUUCUGGAACGCGGGCUGCCAGAUGGUGUCGCUCAACUUCCAAACGUCCGAUCUGCCGAUGCAGCUGAACCAGGGCAAGUUCGAGUACAACGGCAACUGUGGCUACCUGCUGAAGCCGGACUUUAUGCGCCGGGCGGACCGCAGCUUCGACCCGUUCGCGGACGCACCGGUGGACGGUGUGAUUGCGGCGUCCUGUGCGGUGCAGGUCAUUGCCGGCCAGUUCCUCUCCGACAAGAAGGUGGGCACGUACGUGGAGGUGGACAUGUACGGGUUGCCGUCGGACACGGUGCGCAAGGAGUUCCGGACGCGCAUGGUGCCGGCGAACGGGCUCAAUCCGGUGUACAACGAGGAACCGUUCCUGUUCCGCAAGGUGGUGCUGCCCGAUCUGGCCGUGCUGCGGUUCGGCGUGUACGACGAGAACGGCAAGCUGCUCGGGCAGCGCAUCCUGCCGCUGGACGGGCUGCAGGGCGGCUACCGGCACAUCUCGCUCCGCACGGAGGCCAACUUCCCGAUGUCACUCCCGAUGCUGUUCUGUAACAUCGAGCUGAAGAUCUACGUGCCGGACGGGUUCGAGGACUUUAUGGACGCGCUGUCGGAUCCGCGCGCGUUCAUGGGCGCGGCCAAGGAGCGCUCCGACAACAUGAAAGCGAUGGGCAUCGAGGAGACGGGCAAGAAGGACAAGGAGGAGGCGGCGCGGAAGGAGGAGCAGCGCGUCACCGAGCCGCCGCUCGUGUUCGACCCGAUCACGGUGGACUCGCUGCGGCAGGAGAAGGGCUUCCAGAAGACGGCCAAAAAGCAGCAGAAGGAGCUGGACGCGGUGAAGAAGAAGCACGCGAAGGAGCGGGCCGGCGUGCAGAAGCAGCAGAACGCGGCGAUCGAGCGGCUGGUGAAGGGCAAGAGCAAGGAGGAAAUCAAGGCGGACCCGGCGGUGCGCAAGCUGAUCCAGGAGCAGAACGCCCAGUGGACGGAGAUGGCCGAGCGGCACAAGAAGGAGGAGUGGGAGCUGCUGAAGCAGCAGCUGGCCGACCAGCAGGACAUACUGCGCAAGCUGAUGGAGACGACGCAGGCCGCCCAGAUGAAGCAGCUCGAGGCGAAGCACGAGCGCGAGAUCAAGGAGCUGAACAGCCGCCAGGCGAAAAUCUCGGUCGAAACGUCGAAGGAGGUCGCCAACGACAAGACGCUCAAGACGAAGGGCGAGAAGGACCGGCGGCUGCGCGAGAAGAAGCAGAACAACAUUAAGCGCUUCAUGGACGAGAAAAAGACUGCCACCAUCAAGCAGAACCGGGAAAAGGAAAAGCUGAAAGUGACCCACGACAAGCAGCUGGAGGAGCUGGCGAACGAUGUGCAAAAGCUGUCGGCUAACGGCUGUAGGCUUAUUAGUAGUGGCAGUAGUAGUAGCACUAGCAUCAAUGUCGAACAAAAGUCCACCAGCGGCAGCAGCAGCACCACCACCACCACGAGCGCACCGCCGGUACCGUUUCGCAGCUUCUCCACCAUUCCCCCGCCGUCCGCGCAACAUCUGAUCCGGCUGAACACGAUCGAGGAGGCGCGAAAGCGCGAAGAAGCGAAACAGUCCGCCUGUCCCUGCAUUUGCUCGUGAGCCCGUAGCGUAGGCGAUAACACACUCCGGAAGGAAGCGGCAAAGGAGGAUGAAGAAGCGUUUCAAGGGAUGCCGUGGCGUCCUUUUGCUGGAAAAGACUGGAGCUUUUGGUGAAUGGAGGAGGAAAUAGGCCCUUCACCCAGGCAUUCGAUCUCUACGAUCGGCAUGUGUGUGCGUGUGCGUGUGUAUGUGUGGUGUAGUGCGGACAUGCAGUUGCGCCGAAAGCUUUCCGUGAUUAUGCCAAACGCAAAAGUAUUAUUUUGUCAAUCUCAUCGAAAUGUACAAAGUGGACGAGGAGGAAUACAAGCUGGCAUCAAAGUACGAAUUUUUCGCCUAAACGUGUCGAAGCUGCAUGACCCCUGCACCACCUCUCGACAAGCACGGAGCGCCCUAGAGGGUGGAAACUACACCAAGAAGGGGAAGUGGAUGAGAAGGAGAAAAGGAGCAGAUGGCAUACACAAGUCUCAAGUAGCAACAACACAGUUACUCCAAAGCCAGCCUAAAAGCUAUAACUACUUCCCCCCCCCCCCCUCCCGGUGCAUUCCCCCGCUUAUCCAGAGGACAUCGGCAGGGGGUCGGAAGCGCUGCUAAAAGGAGUCAACUACAGUAUGGGAUUAGCAGCACAUAUGCCACACACCACAGACACAACACACGAAUAGUAGUUAUACACCUAUAUACCUUAGAAAGAGAAGAGAGAGAGAGAGAGAGAGAGAGAGAGAGAAAGAGAGAGAGAAAGAGAGAGAAACACAUAGACAUAGCAGGUCGUAUUUAUUAAAUGAGCGGGAACAAGCAAGCAAGAGCACCGUGAGGGCAGAGGCGUCUCCAUUGCUUCCUGCAUAUCACUCACUGGCGCGGAGUCCGUUUGUGUUUAGUUGAGCUUUUCCAUUAUAUUGUACCGUUCACUUUGCGCUGUUUUUUGUUUUUUGUUUUUAGUUGUUUUAAAAAGAAAAAAAAACAUUGCUAUUUAUUUCUGUCGAAUCGCCAUCGCGCCGCCGUCGUCGUCGUGUUUUGAUAAUGGUUUAGUAUUAUAGGUUUAAAUGUAGCAUUCUGAUUAAUUUUAUCCAUGUCGUCAAUUUGUGGUAGUGAAGGCGGUGGCGAGUCCGUUUUGAAAGCUCUUUGCUCUGUUGCGUGCAGUGAUUGGUUUCGUUCGAUAUUUUGCCGGUUUUUGUUUAAAUUAACGAUAAUAGCGCACCUGCUACUUCUUCUUCUUCUUUUUGGUUGCAGUAUAGAGCAGAGUCAGCGAAAGCAACGCAACGUAAUAAACCCCAUGUCUCACCAAUAGCAAUGUUUACUAAACACGCCGUUUAAAUAUAUUUAAAAAAAAGCUGUUGUGCGCGAUGUUGUGCGUUUUAUAAUAAUAAAUAAUUUAACAAAAAAAAAACAAAGCGAUUAUUAUGGUGGUCCAAACAACAACAACAACAACAAAUACGCCAACGCAAUGGAAGUGCGUGAAGGGAGAUGAGAGAAAGGAAACACAUUAGCGCUCUAAGAAAACAACUGGGAAACAACAUUUAGCAAAAAAGCAGGAAAGGAAGCAAACGCAAGAAAAACACAAACUGAAACCAAAAGAAAAAACAAACUCUAGUCAAGCAAAUUGUAGUGAGGACAAGUAUAGCGGUACACACAAAACUCACACUCACAAAGUCGCAACGUGUGAUUAGCUGUGCAUGCGCGCGCUAGUGUAUGUGUGUGUGGUGUCUGUUUGUGUGAUUAAGUGCAACCAGCAUAUUAAUUAACUUUUUAAUUACGAUUAUUAUGCACGUAAAAAAGGAGGAAAACGCAUGAAGAGAAAAAGAGAAAAAGAGAGAAAGAGAGAGAGAGAGAGUAAUAAUGCAAGUAAAGGAAAAGCAAGCAAACAAAACCAAACAAACAAACAAACAAACGUAACCAAAAUGAUAACCCCAUUUUAUUAAUGAUAAGAUUAGAGAGAUUUUGGAAUAAGCAGUAAAGAACAAAAAGAAGAAGAAAAAAACAAAGAAGAAAACAACAAAUGAAUAUCUAUAGAAGCAAAACCGAUAUAUCCCCCAGGUACCUAUUAGUAUCUACAUGCAAGGCAUCAAUGGGUAUAUAGAGAAUGCACUAAAAUGACCAACAAAGAGGGUAAAGGCAAACAUGAGAAAUAGAGAAAGAGAAAUAGAAUAGCAAGAGUUGUUAAAAAAAACCCCCGAAAAGAAUGGAAGAGAAAGAAGCUAGUAAAAUGUAAUAUUUCAUAAGGCGGCAAUAUAUCUACAACACAAACCAAUAAUAGUAGCGCAGCUGGCAUGAGAUAUAGGAGGUGACGAGGAAACAAAAAACACGCGAUAAUGCAAAUUGAUACAAAAUGGCGUUGAGAAGGAAAAAGGAAAACGACAGAAGGAAAACAAGAUCAGCGCGUAUGGUGCGCAGUGCGCAGGGAGGACAGCCCGGGAACGAUACUGUUGUAAUUUGUAAUAUGCUCUUACCCUCUGGCUCUACCGUUACACACAUCUUCUGUCGCCAAUUGUGGCUAACAACACUUGCAGACACACACACACACACGCAUACGGACACAUAGACACAGUAAUGUAUUAUUUCCAACCCUAAUACGAUACCAAACAAAACCAUUGAUCAUAUAUUAGAUCACUUUCAUAUCAGAGCACGAACCUGUUCAGAUGAAAUUGGAAACAAGGCACUUCACUCCCAUACAAUAACAGUCGUAGUGUUCUUACAGGGUUUUCCAAGAGUUAGGUCAUAGCUGUGGGACUCUUUCAUUCGUGAAAUGAAACUAAUGUUCAUACUCCAAUAUGAAUUGGACUCUAUAGCAACCGUUUUUGGACAAAUCCAAUAGGAAUUUCCAAUAGGAGCCUGUCAAAAAAGGGUGUCAUGCUAUAGAAUCCAAUAUGAAGUUCACUUCGCAUUAGAAAGAGUCCAGUAAGUGUCCCACAACAUUGAGAUCCAGCUGUAAAACCCUGUACCCUUUAUCUACGUGUCUGUGUGAUGAAAAAGAGUGUGUUGAUUGUAUGUUUCAUUGCCACACACAUAUUCGGCCUCAUUUUACGGCUCUCCCAUCGGGGGAAUGCGGAUGAAGCUUAAAGUAGCGAAGGAAACCGAUCGAAACAAACGUGUGAGUCAUAUUAGUGCCUAUUUCUGGUUGCAACUUGAUGGAUAUUCCUUCAGUGCCCUUCCUUUCCCGAGGGCAGGUUGAGAAAAAUCGGCCGUUUUCACGUUGCACCUCGUCUUUGUUGGUGUCCUUGUUCCAUUGUUUGGGGUAUACGGGGCGGAAAAUCCCAGGGUAUCGUUAUACCAAAUGAAGAGCGGCGGACUCCCGAGAAAUGUGUACACCAUUUCAUUCACACACACACAUACAUAACCCACAAAUGCUUACACAAACCUUGUGUGUUUUGUGUGUGUCACUCCUUAUCGAGUUCGAUUAUGUUUAGCUGUCCAUUUUUAAAACAAUUUAAUAAUUGGAGUAGUAAAUGGACGAAACAAACAAUAUGCAAGAAAAUGUACAUGUAUUCGUUCUGUUUCCCUCACCCGGCCCUUGAUUGGCCCAUUCAUUGCAGUUUCUAUUGUGCAUGGUGGGAAGGGGGGGGGGGGGAGCACAGUUCGGUGGCAACAGUUCGCAAAUAAUACACACUCUAGUCGUUUAUGUUUGUAAGACUAUGUUAUUAUGUAUCGUAAGAGCAAAUCAAACAAAACAAGUAUAUAGAAAAGAGAAGAGAGAAAGAAGGAGAGAGAGAGAGAGAGAGAGAGAGAGAGAGAGAGAGAGAGAGAGAGAAAAGUGUGAAAGGGCGCAGAUAGAAUAUAAAUAAAGCAAGUAGAUAAAUAUGAGACGUGACAGAGAAAGGAAAAUGAAAACAGAAGAACAACAACACAGAAAGCUACAAUUGUAGGAUAAGUGGAAGGUUAUGAGAAAAAAAAACAAAAAAA